AGGGGGAAGAGAAAAGGGGGCUGACGUCUGCUAGGGCGAGGCGAGGGUAACGAUGUCAGUCGAUAAUCUUACAAAAUUUUAUCUUGCUAAAAUCUAGUAGUUAUUUUACUCGUCAUGCAUAAAUUUGGUAAAUAGUGCCUCCGGUUUCGGAUAUGCCUGCACUGUCAGUGUGAUCAACGGGCCCGUUUUAGACUUAAGUGCCUUUUGAGCACAUCCAAACAGAGCUAUGACAGUGGAUGAGAAGUUCUUUUUCAGGAAAACUGUUCAGCAUUUAGCUCGUUGUUUAGCUGCUGUAAAUAAAGCGUCAUGGCAAAAAGUAAACAUUCUCUACCAGCUAUGCCCUCAAGAAGACGAGCGUGGGGUUUUUCGCCUCGACCAGAGAGCUCAGGAGGCUGUAAUAGCUCUCGGUAUCUACCUCCUUGAGGCAAAGCUUCACCACCAAGAUCGUAUUCUACCUUACCUUUUGCGAUUGCUGGGUGGCCUUCCUAAAGCUGAGUGGCCCGAUGAAUUGCGCACUUUCCACAAUGAGAGGGUACCUGUCUCGGAAAGGUUCAGCUUUUGUUUAAAUACACUCCUAACAGAUGUUGCUACAAAAUGUGAAAAUUCUCGUGGUAAAAUUAUAGCUGCCCAAGUACAGCUUCUCCAUGCACUUGUCAACCAGUGUAUCGCAUGGAAGGGGAAGAGUGAGACAUCUUUGUCAAAUUCAAAGUUGAUUCUGUGUCAGUCGACUGUUCCUGCUCUCAUUGGGUUAGCGAGAUCCAUGGGACGCUUUUGCACAAAUGACCCACCUCUCUUGUGUCGUCUCUUUCCUCGCCCCACUCCUCCAACAAAUGUCAACAACUCACUUUGUUCUGAAAAUAAUAAAUCAGACAAGAAAAGGAGCUUUUCAAACUUCAGGUCUAUUAUACCUCGAUCUCUAUCGGGUAGUUUCAACCCACAUGCUGUUGAUGCACUCAAUAUGGACGCUUCAGAAAUCAAUUCUGUUGCUGCAGUCAAACGUGCAUCAGUGCAGAGUCAACAAUCUGUUCCCUAUGACCCAACCACUUUCUUCUUCUGUAAGUUUGGUUCAAGUUUCAACCAAUCUCCCAACAUGCGUUUUUCUGAGUCUCCUGAGAAGAGAGCAGUGCUCCAAUUUUCCUUGGAUCAUCUGAAGACUAUACUGCAGUUGGCAAAGAAAUUGUUGACAAAAGAAAUGCUCUUAUUUUUGGACUCUGAGGCAGCUGAAAUGUAUGAAGGUGGACAUUUGCAUAUAUUUCCAUACAAAUCUUUCAGUGAGACACUCAACUUAGUCAUGGUGACUUUGCUCCGUGAACUUCUCCAGCACCAAAGGGAUCUUCCCUCACCAUUUACCCGAGAUGUUCAAGAAUUUGUGAAAGGAUUAUUCUUGUCUGGGCAGACAGAACUACAGGGUCGUAAUCAUGAUGCAAGUGAGAAAGAAGAUAGGGAAACAAACUUCUCUACAGUCAAUAAGUUUAAAGUUAAUGUUAUGGCAAAUUCUGCAUGUGUUGAUCUUCUAGUGUGGGCAAUUGGUGAUGAAACUGGAGCGGACAGUUUGUGUGGCCGUCUCACCGAAAAAAUUAACUCUAAUCAUGGCCACAAGCUAGUUUUAGCCCACAUGCCUUUGUUGAUGGUUUGUCUGGAGGGCCUUGGCAAGCUAGCACAAAAGUUUCCAAACAUCGCCAGUACCUCUAUCAUGGCUCUGCGGGAAUUUUUGGUGAAACCAUCACCUAUUAUCUCAAAACUUCAUCAGCAGUCUGCUGGCAAUACUGUUGCUCGUAAAAACCAAUAUAAGGUCAUGAUUCAGGGAAAAGAAAUGGGUGGAAUCGGAGAUCCCCGCACUGUGAACUCUACUCAAGCAGCUUUUGAUAAACUGAGAGAUGCUGCAAUCGAAAACUUGUGCAUAGCUCUUGAAGCGUCUCAUGUGAAUGAUCCAGAUACAGUCAGAGCUCUUGUAGCAUCACUAUCCAACAGACUCUUCACUGCUGAAAAUUCUGAAAGUGAGUCAUCAUUGAUUUCAACAAACAUUGUUAUAAUGCUUGGGCAUGUUGCUGUUGCUCUGAAAGACACCCCUAAAACAACAGACACUAUCCUGCAGUUCUUUCAAGAAAGAUUCUGUCGUGUCCCUUCAUCUUUGGACAUUCUUAUUGUUGACCAACUGGGAUGUAUGAGUAUAUCGAAACCCCAAGUUUAUGAGAAGAUAUUGCCAAUGUUCAAAGAAAUAACAGUUGAAGCCAGCUCUGCUGCAUACAUGGAUGGCAAAAAUAAUCAGUACAGGCAUGUUUCUGGAGCAGUUGUAAAUGCGUUGGCAAAUAUUGCAGCCAAUCUACAAGGUGAAGCCAACAUGAAUGAGCUCUUGGUGAAGCUUCUGGAAUUGUUUGUACAGCUAGGGUUGGAAGGCAAGCGUGCAAGUGAAAAGGCUCCUGGAGCUCUGAAGGCAUCUAAUGGUGCUGGAAAUCUCGGUGUAUUGAUUCCUGUUAUAGCUGUGUUAGUGCGGCGCCUUCCCCCUAUUCGUCAACCUAAAGCUCGUUUACACAAACUAUUCAGAGAUUUCUGGUUGUAUUGUGUUGUGAUGGGUUUCACUGCUGCAGAUUCUGGACUAUGGCCUCCUGAAUGGCAUGAUGGUGUGAAAGAAAUUGCUGUAAAAUCUCCUUAUUUAGUAUCUCAGUCUUCUAGUAGGUCAGAGAUGCGUGAGCUGCAGUACACUUCUGCUGUCAGAAAUGACAGUGUGUCUCCUACAGAACUUCAAGAACUGAAAUCAAGCAUUCUGUCUCUUUUGGAGCAUCCCGCUGAUGUUACAGCAUAUGUGAGCAAACUGACCUUUGCUCAGAGCACUUCUUUGCUGUCUGUCUAUUGGUUGGAAACAAUGCGAGUUCAAACUUCAAAUGAACCUAGUCUUCAGCCAAUCUAUGAGUACUUGAGUGAUACUGGCCUUCAGAAGGAUAAAUCUGGACUCUGGCAAUGUGUUUGUAGUGUCGGGGAUAGAGUUUUUGCCUCAUUUCUAGAUGUCAUGUCUAACAAACCUAAAGAUGAGAGCCGUGAGAGAGAACUAGAGAAUCAUGCUCAGUUCCUUCUCAUCAAUUUUAAUCAUGUUCACAAGCAAAUUAGACGAGUGGCUGACAAGCAUUUGUCAGGCUUGGUAGACAAAUUUCCACACUUACUUUGGAACUGUCGAGUUCUGUGGAGUAUGUUGGACAUCUUGCAAGUUCUCAGCUACUCCCUGGGACUGGACCCCAAUGAAGAAACUCCAACUUUGUCGGUUCCUGGAACCCCUUACUCUCUUCCUUUAAUGGAGACACUUGAAGCUCGAGAACAAAUAGUGAAGGAUUUUGCUGAGAGGUGCCAAGGAAUUGUGGAGGUUGCCAUGAAGUGGGCUCCUCAACAGACCCGCAGCCAUCUUCAAGACUAUUUGAACCAGAUUCCAUCAUCAGGAAUGUGGCACCACUCUGGGUUGGCUCUUGCUGCAGAAAGUGUUUUGAAAUACACUGGCCUCAACAUGCAGUCUGCUCCCUUGGGAACAGGCACUUUGAACAAAAGGCCUCGCUGUGUCACAGCUGACUCCGCGCGAGUCAUGUCUUCAUUGUCACUACGGAGCAGAUAUGCUGGAGAAGUUGCUGGACUGUUGACUGCAGGGCCACACAUUGAUCGCAGUACUUUGAUCGAAGACCUGAUUUCAAACGUCUGGCAAUCUUGCAGCAGUCAAAACAGUCAAGACCACAGGAGCGCAUUAUGGAGGGCAACAGCUAUGCUAGUGUCUACUCCUGGUUUGUGCAGAAAAUUGUUACAUGUUGUCGCCUGGUCUCAAGUGGGUCUUUUCACUGAUGUGACCAUGACAACUGCUGUGGAAUGUUGGCGAUGGUUAUUAACAGCCAGGCCUGACCUAGAGCUACGUUUUUUGCAAGAAAUGUUAGGUGCUUGGCAGUGCACUAUUGAUAAGAAACUUGGCCUAUUUUCUGUGGAAGAAGAGGAAGUGAGCCCCUUGGCUGCUCAUGAAGGUUCUAACCUUGGGCCCAAACCACCUUUUGUAAAACCACACAAUAUUUGGGUUCAGUUUUUGUCAGAACUUGUUGAAACAGCAAGGUACAACAGUCAAGAAAAGGUUGAAAUGUUGGCAUCUCUUCUUCAUAGGUCAUUGCCAAUGACUGUUGGAAAUCAGGAUGGUCAUUUAAAUAGACAUGUGGCUGCAGUGGGUGUGCGUUUCAGGCUUUUACUCUGUGGUCUCUCUCUACUGCAAGGAGAAAUCCUUCCCAAGUCUCUCAGCAAGAAUGUUCUUCGAGAACGUAUUUAUUGCUGUUGUCUUGACUACUUUUGCUGCUUGCCCCGUUGUCCACAAAAUGGAGCUGAUCUCCGUGAAGAUAUAUUGGUUCUUAUUAAAUUUUGGGAAACAAUGAGGACUGAUAAAAAGUACUGGAAACAAAGUGUAGUUGGAGAUCUUGAUCUGUAUGGACCACAUCAGUCUCUACGCCAAACUGUGGAAAUGCGUACCACUACUGGAGGAUUUGUUGGUGAACUAGGACCUACUCCUUCACGUGGCUGGAUUAACACAGUUCCUCUAUCCUCUUCACAAAACACUCUGAGUAAACGUUCAUCCACAGCCCGGUCCAAGCGUCCAGUGAAUGCAGAUGUUUAUGUCAAGGAGUAUACUAAGAAAAGGAACCUUAUUCUUGAGCUUCUUGCUGUGGAGAUUGAAUUCCUCUUGAUUUGGCAUAAUCCAAGCAGUCGUCCGGAGCUUCAAGUCCCAGGAGAAGAUAAUAUUGCUGCUCGCCGUGCAAAGGCAGUAGCUGACAGGGUGUGGCGGGACAAUGCUCGUCUUGCCUGGGAUAUUAGUCCCGAACUUGCUGUGUUCUUGCCUGUCAGGUUGAAGAACUCUGAGAGCAUUAUAGAUGAGGUGUCUCGUCAUGUGCGCCUGAACCCCAUAGUUGUCUCCAAAGUACCUCAUGCUAUACAGUACCUGGUUACUUCUGAUAAUUUGUUAAAUGAUAUACCCGAGCUUGUUUAUAUGCUGUCAUGGUCAAGAGUUUCUCCAGUGCAGGCACUGGCCUAUUUCUCCAGGCAGUAUCCCCCUCACCCUAUAACUGCUCAGUAUGCUGUUCGAGUACUGAAGAGUUACCCACCAGAUGCUGUUCUCUUCUACAUUCCUCAAUUAGUACAAGCUGUCAGACAUGACACUAUGGGUUAUGUUAUUGAAUUCAUUAAAUAUAUUGCAAAGAGGUCACAGGUUGUUGGUCACCAGUUGAUUUGGAACAUGCGCACUAACAUGUUUACUGAUGAAGAUAUGCAGUGUAAAGAUCCAAUAUUGUUCGACACACUAGACGGAAUCAUCAACAGUAUUGUCGAGACCCUUUCUGGUCCUGCUAAACAGUUUUAUGAGAGAGAAUUCGAUUUCUUCUCUAAAAUUACAGACAUCUCUGGACAGAUUCGGCCCUAUCCAAAGGGGGCGGAGAGAAAAAGAGCAUGCCUUGAAGCCCUGGAGAAAAUUAAGGUCCAAGCUGGCUGUUACUUGCCGUCUAACCCUGAGGCCAUGGUUCUUGACAUAGAUUACAAGAGUGGAACCCCUAUGCAAAGUGCUGCUAAAGCUCCAUAUCUUGCAAGAUUCCGUGUGCGGCGUUGUGGCAUUAAACAAUUAGAAUCAUUGGCCAUGGCAGUGUCAGAGAAAGAGGAGGAAGACCCCAGCAAAGAACCAAUGAAUGUGGGAACUGGUGUUGAAAUGUGGCAGGCUGCAAUCUUUAAGGUUGGUGAUGAUGUUCGGCAAGACAUGCUGGCUUUACAAGUGAUUGGCAUAUUUAAAAAUGUGUUUCAACAAGUUGGCCUGGAUCUGUACCUUUUCCCUUACCGUGUUGUAGCAACUGCCCCUGGCUGUGGUGUUAUUGAAUGUGUGCCAAAUGCUAAAUCCAGAGAUCAGUUAGGCCGUCAAACUGAUUUUGGAAUGUAUGAGUAUUUCAUCAAGAAGUAUGGAGAUGAAAAUACCAGCGAGUUUCUGAGUGCUCGCCGUAAUUUCAUCAAAUCUAUGGCUGCCUAUAGCGUUAUUGGAUUUUUACUUCAAAUCAAAGACAGGCACAAUGGAAACAUUAUGCUUGAUACUGAUGGCCAUAUUAUCCAUAUUGACUUUGGAUUUAUGUUUGAGAGCUCGCCUGGAGGAAACAUUGGGUUCGAACCUGACAUCAAACUGACUGAUGAGAUGGUGAUGGUUAUGGGUGGCAAAAUGGAGGCUGCCCCUUUCCGAUGGUUCAUGGAACUCUGUGUUCAAGCUUACCUAGCUGUCAGGCCAUAUCAGGAGGCUAUCAUUUCUUUAGUAUGCCUCAUGUCAGAAACAGGACUACCCUGUUUCCGAGGACAGACCCUUAAGCUUUUGCGAGGAAGAUUUGCCCAUCAGGCAACUGAUAAAGAAGCAGCUGCGUAUAUGCUCUCUGUUAUUAAGAAUUCUUUCCUGAACUUCAGAACACGUACUUAUGAUAUGAUCCAGUAUUAUCAAAACCAGAUUCCUUACUAA